AUGAAGACUUUCGUAAGUGAUCCCGCAUUGGCCGUCGCCCGCCUUCUGUCCAGCCACCGGGAUUUAUAUCCUUUCUCUUUUCAGGUUACCCUCUGCGUUUUGUUGGCCGCCUGCACCCUGGCUCUGGCCGGAUUUCACGGUCAUCACGUGGGAGUGGCCGUUAAGGGUCACGACGCCGGCGUUACCCACUUCUUCGACAACCAGAAAGCGCACCACGGUUUCGGAUACGGAGGAUUCGGAGGUUACGGCGGUUACGGCGGUUACGGAGGAUACGGAGGUUACGGAGGAUACGGAGGAUACGGAGGAUUAGGAGGAUACGGAGGUUAUGGUGGAUUCGGAGGUUACGGAGGUUAUCCAGGCUUCGGUUUCGGUCACGGAUUCGGUUACGGAAAAGGAUUCUUCCACUAA